AUGUAUGAUAUUGAUUCUCAUCAAUUUGUUCUUUGGUCUGAUACAAUACCAGCAUUUAAUCCAUUAGCACAUCAAGGAAUUCCAAAUAAUAUAUUUGUUCAUACACCAUAUACAAUGGCAUUAUCACAUUUGGUUAGUUUAAUGAGUGAAAAUGAUCAUCCAGUUUUAUUAAUUGGAGAACGAGGAGUUGGAAAAAGUUCUUUAAUAAGUGAUCGUCUAAAAGCAACAUGUGGUGGAGAUAUAAGUGAUGUUUUUUAUAUAACAAUUAAUUGCAAUGCAGAAACAGAUGGUUUAACUGUUUAUGAUAAAAUCGAAGAACAACUUCAAUGGAAACAUUCAUCUUAUUACACAACGAAAGGAAAUCGAAAAAUGUUUUGUUUUGUUGAUGAUCUUAAUCUUGCUAAGAUUGAUCGAUCCAAUGGUCAAUCAUUAGUUGAAUUAUUACGUCAACAUAUUGAUUCAAAUGGUCUUUAUUCUCCAUUUAAUUCAACAUGGCAACAUAUUGAUAAUAUAACAUAUGUUGUUACUAUUAAUUCAAAUAAAUCUUUAUCAAAAUUAAAUCGUUUAAUAAAACAUUUUCAUAUUAUAGAAAUGGAUAUGCCAAAUCAAUCAGAUUUAGUAUCGAUUUAUUCUAAAUUAGUUAAUAGACAUUUUAUUGGAGAUUUUGGAGAAUCUCAAUUAAUAAUUAAAGAUUCAAAUGAAAAUUCCCAACGUAUAUCAACAGGUAAAUCAUCAACAAUAACAACAACAGCAACAGAUAAAUCAACAACAACAGUAACAACUGAUAGAUCAACAACAUCAUCAACAACAACAACAACAAUUGGAUUAAAAGAUAAAUUAAAUAAUCAAACAUCAAGACGUUUUGAAUAUAUUCGUUUAAUUAUUGAAAGAAUAGUUAAAGGAACAGUUGAAUUAAAUGAUAGAAUGAGAUCAAUGUUUAAUAUUAUAAAUAAACGUAUUCAUUAUGUUUUUUCAAUGAAACAAUUAACACAAUUAUUUAGAAAUAUUUGUAUUAGUUUAACACCUGAAUGUUCAAUUGAUGAUUUACUUUAUUUAUGGCAUCAUGAAUUAGAUUGGAUUUAUGGUAAACGUCUUUUUGAUCAAAUUGAUCAACAAAGAUAUCAACAAUUAUAUCAAACUAUUGUUAAAAAAUAUUUUACUAAUAUGAUUAAUGAACAACAAGCUUUAUUUAUUAAAAAUCAAAUUUUUUCGAAUUUACAACUUACAGAAAGUGGAAUGGUUGUUGCAAAUUUAAGUCGAGAUGCUCAAAAUUAUUUAACAGAUAAUUAUAAUCUUGUUACAGAUCAUCAACGAAUUGAAACACUUAUUAGAAAUUCAAUUAUUGAAUAUAAUAAAGAAAAACCGAAAAUAAAUUUUCCACUUUAUCCAUGUUAUAUUGAAUUAUUAUGUCGUUUAUGUCAUCAAAUUCAAACAGUUGAUGGACAUUGUUGUAUUAUGGCUGAAGGUGUUAUUGAUCCAUCAAUAAUUGAUUUAUUUUCAUCAAUUGUUAAUUAUCAAUUAGUUUCAUUUAAAACAAGUCAUUUAAUUACAUCAAAUGAUCGUCAUCAAUCAUUUAUUAAACAAAAAUUAACACAAACAUAUAUUGAUGCAGGAAUUCGAAAUGAAAAAAUUAUAUUAUUAAUAACUGAAGAAGAAUUUGAACAUAUUGAAUUAAUAAUUCAUGUUACUAAUUUAUUAAACACAGAAGAAAUGUCAAGUUUAUUUUCAUUAGAAGAAGAAACAUCGGUUUUAAAUUCAGUUCGAACACAAGUUCAACAAGCUGGUCUUUCUUUUUCUCGAGCUGUUGCUUGGGAAUUUUUUCUUCGAAAUGUUAAAGAAAAUGUUCGUGUAUUAAUAUUAAUGAAUGAAAUAAAUAAUAAAUUAUGUCUUGAUCAUCCAUCAAUAUUUAAUAAUAUAACAUUAAUUUAUUGGCAACAUUGGGAUAAUCAAACACUUGUACAAAAUAGUCUUUAUCAUUUAAAAGAUGUUAAAUGGUUGGAUAAAAGUAGUUGUGAAAAUACUGCUCAUCUUCUUGCUUCAAUGCAUUUAUCAAUACGAACUGCUAAUGAAAAUCAUACACAAAAAUUACCACAUAUUAACAAUCAUACAUUUACCAAAUUUGUUGAAAAAUUUGUAACAAUAUUCAAUGAAAAAUCUUUGAAUGUUUAUGAAAAUCAUUGUGAUGUUCAACGUCUUCUUGAACAAAUUCAAUAUCAACAUGAAACAGCAUCGAAAUUAGAAAAAGAAUUACAGCAUGAAAAAACAGUACUUGAAGAAAGACUUAAAAGUACCGAACGUAUGUUAGUUCAAAUUGGUCAAGAUAUGGUUAUGGCUGAACAACAAAUUCGUGCUCAUAAAUGUCAAACACGACGAACAGUUCAAUUAAAAAGAUUAUUACCUGAAUAUGAAUUAACACAAGAAAAAAAUUUAUAUAAAUGUUUAGCUAUUGCAACUGAUGCCAGAAAAUUAAUUGAAACACUUGAUAUGAAAUCUUUACAAGAAUUAAGAUCAAUUACUAAACCUGAACAAACACUUGAAGAUACUUUAGCUGCUGUUAUUAUGAUUUUAAAAUCUCCAACAGCUGAUGUAACAUGGCAAAAAGGUGCUAAAAGACAAAUGGCUAAUCUUGAUAGAUUUAUUGAAGAAACUCAAUUAUUUGAUAAAGUUAAUUUAACAGAAGAACAAAUUAAUUUAAUUAAUGGAGUUAUUGAUAAAGUUCAUCUUGAAGAUAAACCACUUAAUCAAGCUUCAUAUCAUAAUGCUAUUUUUACUCUUUAUAAAUGGGUUAAGAGAGUUUUACAAUAUCAUUCAAUAUUACUUAAAAGAGUAAAACCAUUACAUAAAAAAUGUCGAGAAAUUGAACAAGAUGUAUUAGAACAAGAUCAAAAAUUAAUAUUAUUAGAUAAUAAAAGUCAAGCAUUAGAAGCUCGUUUAAAAGAUUUAUCACAAAAUUUUGAAGAAGCAACAGUUGAUAAAAAAGAUCAAGAAGAAAAAGUUUCAAUAAAAGAAAAUCAACUAAAAACUGCAUCACAAUUAAAUGAAAUUUUAUCUCGUGAAUUAGAACGAACAAGUAAAAUAUUUGAAUCAAGUAGUGAACGUCAAUCAACAUUAAUUGGUACAUGUUCAAUAGCUUCGGCUUUUUUAAUUUAUCUUGGUCCAUAUACACAUGGAUUUCGUCGUCUUAUGUUAACUGUUCAUUGGAUUAAAUCAAUUAGAGAUAGAGGAAUGACUAUUGUUUUUGAUCAAAUAUCAAGUGUUAAAGGAAGAAUUAUUAAUUGGCAAUUAGAUUCAAUUGAAGAUAAUCAAAUAGAAAUAAAUGAUGAACAAAAAUUGUUAAGUGGAAGUGAAUAUCGUCAAAUGUUAUUUUCAUUAGUAGAAUUUAUAUUGGGUGAUCAAAUGUAUCUUGAAUGGUUAAGUAAUGGAGUUUUAUCAUCAGAAAUGGAAAAUCAUACAAUUAUUGUUAAUUCAAUUGAAUAUCCUCCACUUAUUAUUGAUCCAUUUGGACAAUAUGAUCAAUGGAUGAUAAAUUAUUACAAUGUUCAAACAAUUAAUUUUGAUGAUGAAUCAAAUCAUGAAAUUGUUAUGUUAAUUGAACAAUCAUUUUUAUCUGGUUCAAAAAUUUAUAUUAAAAAUUGUAAUUCAUUAGAUAGUCUUGUUUAUCCAUUAGCACAAUGGAAAUCUACAUCACAAAAAUUUAAUACUAAAGAUGGUAAUCAAUAUAUUAAUGAUAUAUAUAUAUAUAUUUUCUUUUUUUUUUUUUUUUUUUUUUUUUUUUUUGAAAAAAAAUUUAUUAUUUUUUUUUGGUUGUGUUUUUUUUUUUUUUCCUUCUUUUUGUUUUUUUUUUUAAAAGAAUUUUUU